AUGGCAUUGAGGCAGGUGUUGGAGGCAUUCGAGAAUAAUUUGAAGCGGCUGAAUGAAAUUGGCGUGUGCGGUGUGCAGCAGCGGAAGGAGUGCUGCGAUGAUGGCAGGGCGCGUCGGCCAACUCUCUGCCACGAUAUUAUGCAGGCGCAGCUGGUGUUCUGGACGCUGGUGCUCUCGAUUGUUUAUUCGUACGUCUGGAAGCAGUGCCGCAAACGAUUCAUCCUCUGCUUUCUGAUUGUUCUUCCGUUUUUGCCAGUCCGAAUUCAUCGUUGCCGGCCAUCAGCAGCUACAAGUGCACUGCGAGGACCGCAAGAUUUGAAUGGGUUUGGUGCAGGAAAUUUUAUUUCACGAGAUCGCUACUCAAGUUUGUCCGGAAGUUCAGACUCGUUGAGUGUUUCCAGUUCCACUGCUGUUUGA